AUGUCGGGGCAAUCGUGCAGCUUCCUGCCUGUUCUGCUCUUGGUUCUUCUGGUUCGGGUAGCCGGUGAGUAUACGGCAUCAGACAUCGCUACCGGACUACAUGUUUGUGCGAUUUUGUCCAACGGCAUGUUCAAAUGUUGGGGCACUAACAGCAAUUACCAGUUGGGUCAUGGUGACCAGGUGCACCGCUCUGACAUGGGCAAUGCGUUGCCAGCUAUCGAUCUGGGAACCGGCCGCAGCGCCCAGAAACUGGCGGACAGGAUGUAUGUUACGACCUUCGUCAUCCUGGAUGAUGGGUCCCUGAAGUCUUUUGGCAACAACCCGGAUGGGCUUGCAGGCCAAGAAUCCACUGACGCCAACGUCGGCGUGAGUGGAGUCGGAGAUGUGCUUCCAGCGGUGGACCUGGGAACCGGACGAACUGCAAAGCGAGUUGCCAGUUCUCAAUGGCACGCAUGUGCCAUUUUGGAUGACGACACCCUUAAAUGCUGGGGCACUGCAAACCAUGGAAACCCCACCGGGUCCGGAGAUCUGUCUGCUAGAGGUAGUGGUGCUGGAAGCAUGGGAGACAACUUGCCAGUCGUGGAUCUCGGAGCUGGUCAAGUACCACAAGAACUGGCAGUUGGCAGUGCAUACACCUGCGUACUCCUCACGGACGGAAACAUGAAGUGCUUCGGGAACAACCAGUACGGAACAUUGGGCUACGGAGACACCAGUAAUCGAGGUGGCAGCGCCAGCCACAUGGGGAACUUCUUGCCGACAGUGGAUCUAGGCAGUGGAAGGACCGCGCUGCAGAUCGGCGGGGGAGAAAAUGCAGUUUGUGCCAGAUUGGACGACAUGUCUGUUAAAUGCUGGGGAAGGCAGGAAUGGGGUCACCUCGGCACAGAAACAACAGCUGAUGUUGGAUCUGCAGCAAACCAAAUGGGAGAUUCCUUGCCUCCCGUUGAUCUGGGUACCGGUCGCACUGCGAAGCAUCUUGCCGUCGGCACACGACAUGUUUGUGCCAUCUUGGACAAUGACGACCUCAAAUGUUGGGGUGACAAUGCUAUCGGCGCAUUGGGGUAUGGAGAUACAACGAGACGUGGAGAUGCGGCUGGGACCAUGGGAGACAAUCUACCCGCAGUAGACGUGGGCACAGGUCGGAUAGCGACGAGCCUUCGAAUUGGAAACCAUGGGUAUACAUGUGCGAUCCUUGAUGAUGACAGCCUGAAGUGCUGGGGGUCAAACUCUGGCGGUAACGGCAGACUCGGGCAAGGAGACCUCACGAGUCGCGGAGCUGCAGCUGGCGAAAUGGGCGACAACUUGCCAGCUGUCCAGCUGGGCUCCGAUCCCAGCACCACCACGACAACAUCGCUUACGACGACAACCUCUGCAUCCUUAACCACGACAAGCACCAUAACCGUGUCGAGCAGUGUCACGAGCAGCAGUAGCACAGCUAGCAGCACUGGCACCAGCUCCACCACAGGCACCACGAGUGCACCCACGCUCAACGAGGAGGAGUUCGCACAGCUGGAGGAACUCCGCGAACAGCAGGCCACUGAGGCAGUGGAAAACAUUGAUGUCGCGGAGGAGGCAGCAGUGAACCAGACGCUUGAACUCUUGUCCUCGUUGAUUGCAAGCAGCAACUCUACGAAUGCUGUUUUGGCAGAAGCAUCUGUUGAAACCGUAGCCGGUGUUCUGAAGGUGGUGGCGCUGUCCGCCGGAUCAGUGCCAGAGGGCAGCAAUGUGAGCAUCGAGGGAGAGGAGGGCACCAGCGUUUCCAUUCCUAAUGCCGUGCUUGCCCAAGCUGCUGAUGCAGCUGGCUCCGGAGUGGUCUUGCUCAGCAUCACCGCACUUUCACUGAAUGUCUCCGACAAGAUCCGGAACGAUGACUCCAGGUUGACCGCGCGUCGGCUCGCUACGGGUAUGAGUACCGGCUCCACAUUGGUUGGCCAGUCCAUAAGCGUUGGAUUCCGUGCAGCAGAUGGGUCCAGGAUUGAGCUCAAAAACCUGGCGAGUCCGAUGGAGCUCCUGCUGCCAGUGACCGAAGACAACGCGACAUGUGCUUAUUUUGACGAGGAGUCCCUGCGGUGGUCGACAGAAGGCCUAGAGACCGUCUCUACAUCCUCCGGGCAGAUCAUUUGCCGCACCUCUCACCUGUCGAUUUUCGGAGGAAUUCUGGAGCUCGUUUUGCCUAAUGUUGCUAAGGUGCUGAAAUGCAGCACAGCCUCGCAGCUACUCAGUGCUGAAGGUGUGGCUAAAUUGGGAGAGCAGCAGUGGCUCUCACACAGCACAUCAAUUGUGGUUUUCUGCUGUUGUCUCUGUUUCGUGGUGGUGUUUUGCUUGGCGGUCCGCCUGGACACGAAAGUGAACACUGCGAUUCCAUGGGAGCAGAAAGAGCCGCUGUUGCUGCGCACAAAGACCUCAGUGGCACAUACAUUGGAGACAGAAGAUAACAACGAGGACUUCGGGUAUGAGGACUUGGCGGAAGUGGCGAAGGAGUUCCUCCCGAACGCCCCGGAGUCCGUCGUCAACCGAUGCAUUACCAGUAUCCACGCCCACAAAACAGGCACCACAAGAGAUAGCAUCGACGGCGUGAAGAAGAUGGUCAAGUCACUAUCCCGGAGCAGAUCGUUCACAAUCGAGACCACGAUGGACAUGGCUGACGACCCUGUGUCCACUGGGCAAACUCUACCCGAGACUACAGGGCCGUCAGAUGAUGAAACACGGAGACCUUUCUCCACUCGAUCUUUGUCACGGACUUUGUCGCAGACUUUGUCUUCGAACAAGUCCGGCAUGCUACGUAAGAUGGAUUCGUUUCACCCUUCUCACAGCGUCGGCCUGCCUGAGUACAAGGAGAUUCAAGAGCGUGGGGAGAAAGCAGUGAAGAGCUUCAUAUCGAGCACCUUCAUGACUCGAAUCUUUCUCCUUUUCCCGGCUCUUCACCCCUGGCUGGAAACUGUUCGCUUCAGCCUCUUCACCUCGCACGCCACGCGCGCGGCGCUGAUCAUCACGAAGCUGACGAGUGCAGCAGCCGUGGGCGCGCUGUUUUUUUCCAGUAGUUCCACAACACCAGACUCUGAUCCGGACUGCCUCCCUCCUACCGAUCUCGCGUCCAGCAUGAUCCAGGCCGCAACAGCGGGCCUCAUCUCGGCCUUUCUAGGUGACACGGUCAUCUUCGUGUUGUUCGUGAUUCAGAGCCGGCAGGCCGUUGACAAGCAGGAGUGGGAUUCUUUGGACAGAGAGAAGCAGCUUUUGCGGUGGAAGUGGAAAUCCACUGUUUUUUGGCUGCUUUGGAGCUCCCACCUUGCCUUCUGCCUCUUCUACACCUUUGCCUUCCUUGCAAAUGUCAGCUCGCAAGAUGCGGUAAAAUGGCUGGAAAGUUGUGCUGUCAGCCUUCUGCAAGACCUCGUGAUUGUUCCCUUGACCGUGGCGCUCAUCCUGGCCAUUUUCGCCAGCUUCGCAAUCUGCUGCAGCCGAAACGUGAAGCAGCGCAUUGACAACGACUGGUUUCAACCUGAGGAGUCGGACGAGGAGCAGGAGCAGGAGGUGGGUAGUUGUCGAAAUUGGGGCCGCGUUUUGGGUCAUUAUCAUCAUACGGCACCUCUCAUUAGGGUACCCACAGGGACCCUAAUUUUGACAACAACCCAUAUGGAAUUUGUGAGUGACCCUACAAAAAAAGUAGGUUUUGGUAGGCUAAGGUACUUUUUGUAA